ACCUCUUCACUUGACUUGUCUCAUCCCUCUUGGACUCCUUUGUUACUGGUCCAGUUAUUUGUGCAAGACAGUAAGGCCUGGAUCACCAUGAAAAUGAAUGGCAGGACAUUUCACAGUAAACAGAUAAAUUGUAUUAUCCUCUUGCUCCUGACAUUCUAUCAUGGAUGCUAUGGUACAGAAAAAUACUUCAAUGACCAAGAAACACUUGAAAAAUCAGAAGAAAACCUAGAAUGGAUGACAAAAAUCAGGGAAGACAUUGAACUUUCUAAACUGUUUAUACCUGGCACACAUGAUUCUUUAGCUCUCUAUGGUGGGUUUGCUGUGGAGUGCCAAUCAUGGAACCUGGAAACUCAGCUUAGGGCAGGUGUUCGGUAUUUUGAUCUCAGGGUGUGGAAUAUCCACCAGAGUCCUGAAACUAUGAUUCUUACUCACGGUAUAGUCCGACAAAAGAAAUUGUUGUCUUCAGUAUUCCAGGACAUGGUAAAAUUUUUAGAAGAACAUAAAUAUGAAACUAUUUUGAUUAGAAUAAAGCCUACAGUGUAUCAUAAGAAGGAUGUAAAGGAAAACACACUGACCUUGCUCAAAACAUUAAAGUAUGAAAAGUAUAUAUACCCCAGUUUGAAGGAUCAAAGCCAGGCUGGAUCUCCAAAAAUGAUGGAGGUGAGAGGCAAAAUUGUAUUUGUAAUGUUAAAAGAUGCAUUUGAUUUUGGAAUACCUUUUUCCACCACACACGAGAAAGGGGGACACAAAGUCGGUAACAUUCAAGAUAAAUUGAAUUUGGUCUUACGUUACAUAAACACCAAAAUGAACUUUAAUUGCGAAACAGCAGACACUGACGAAAAGGAACUGGAUCUGAUACUUACCUACUCCAGUGGAACUGGCAUGCCGAAAGGGAAGUUUUGGCUCACCCCAAAGGCUAUUGCUGAGAACAUCAAUGAAAAACUGGCUGAGAACCUAAAAGAGUUGUCAACUACACCUGCCCUUCAUGGCAUCCUUGCCAUGGAUUUUCCUGGGCCAGAUCUCAUCAAAAUUGUAAUAGAUUUCAAUAAGUCCCAUCAAGAAAACAAUCCGGGUACUAGCAAUGGUAAAAGGUCACUGAAAAGAGGGCAAGCCUAGAAACCGAUCAGUCACAGUGCUAGAAGCUUGCUUGUGCCAUUUACAAGGUGUUUUCAAAUGACUGAUUUGUCAUUCCAUCAGGGCUGGUCCUAGGCAUAGGUGACAUAGGCAACCGCCUAAGGCGGCAUCCAGAGGGGGGCGGCAAAUUCCGAAGUUCAUCCAUUAAUUAACCGUACCGGGGGGGGGGGGGGGGGGGGGGGGGGGGGGGGGCUGUUGAUACAUCUCGCCUAGGGCGCCGUAUGUGCUAGGACCGGCAGUGCAUUCCAUAUAGAUAAUGCUGUUUUGCUGAUAUAAUGCUUAUAAUGCUGAGUGUAUGCAGAGAGGAGCAUGUGCCUUUCAAUAAGUCAUUUCAUCAUUGGUUUGAUGUAAUUUGUAACACUGUCAAAUAAACAAUGCUUAAAAACAAGAUGGAACAAGA